AAUCAGCAACUGCAGUUGGGGUAUCACAUCCACUAAUGAGUCAUAAUGAGUUACCAAUUAAAAUGUUUUUACACAGUUUAGGGAAAAAAUCAGAAAAUGUCACACCGGGUACAUGUAAACUUUUAAUCAAAAUGAAAUUUAAAGACUGAAUGAUGAUGAUGAUGAUGAUGUUCAAUGCGUGUUGAUAACUAACGUUUAUUAAUAGCGGUAUUCAGAGCCAACAUGAACAUGACAACAUGUAUAUUUGUGAUACAUUCAAACAUUGUUUUUCACUGUUUCUGUUAUGCUCAGCUGUCUGUUUUAACAUUGAUCAAACAAGAAAAAAAAUAAACUUGAAAGAAUCAAACAUUUGAAUCUUCAUUCUUGAUUUUGAUCAAAAAUGAUAAAUAAAUAAAUAAAUUGAUUAAUAUCAAAACUUUAACCUUGAGGAAAUCUCCAUAAUAAAUUACUCGCAUUACGUCACGUGUUUUUCCAAUAUCUUUUUUUUAUUAUUCAACAACAUUUUUUCUAGCAAAAAAAAAAAAUAUUGCGUUGUUAUUAUUAUUGCUUGAACCAUGUAAAAAAAAUUGUUAAUCGACAAUCGUAAUUUUACUGUUAUUGUUCCGAGAUCAAGAAAAUUACAAAAUUGUCAAUUAUGAGAUCUGUCUUGAAUUUGUUAUGGACCAUUCAUUCACGUCAUUUUAAUCAUUUUUAUAACCAUCAUCAUCAUCAUCAUCAUCAUUUUAUCUACGAAAAUAUUUGUAAACGUUGUAUACAUUCAGCUUUACGAAUGACAUCGCAAGAAGUGGCAACUGCUCUUCGACCAUUCAUUUUCACUGUACAUCCCGAUCGUUUCUGGAAUCAUCCUAAAGAAAAAAAUACAAAUGAAAUAUCAUUGAAAAGAUUGAAUGAAUUCUUAGGUGAUAAAAAUGAUGGUAAAACCACAUCAAUCGGUGAAGAGACAAUUACAUUCUAUAUUCUUAAUAAAGAGGGUUCCAGGUCGAAUGAAAAAUCUGCACUGAAUAAAUUUGAAAAAGUGGACAUUAAAUUAAAUAGCAAAGAAAACGUAUCGACAACAGUGCACAGGAUUUUAUCACAAUGUUCAUUACCAACCGAUUAUCUGAAAAAGAUAAGUCAAGAACCAAUCAAACGAAACAAUAAUCCUUCUAGAAAUAACAACAGUUACAAUGAUGAAUGGCCAACGUUUUAUCGUCGCCGUGGUAAUGAGUAUUUUUACAGUAAAGAUAUUUUCGAUGAUUUGGAAGCAGAAUUAUUUCGAUCAAAUAUGGAAAUCAAUCUAAGUAAAUGGUUGAAAGAAAAUCAUUCAUUAGCAAUGAAGAAACUUGAAGCCAGUCAACCGAUACGUAUUGAAUUGACUAGACUUAAACAAGAAUUGAUUGAUGAACUCAAAUUGAUUAAUCUUGAAUGGAAUUGUGAUUGGACAGCCAGUCAUAUUCGUGGAGCUUUAAAAAAUUUAAGCAUUCUUUCCAAACAAUAUCCAGAAGAUUUUAAAAAAUUACAUUCAAAAACCGUUGUAUUCAGCAGACAUAAUUGUGUUAGUUUCAAAGGUCAGGUGAUCUUAAGUAUCGAAGAUGUACGUAAUAAUUGGCUCUAUUUGAUUCGUUCAAUCAAGAGUUAUGACUUUUAUGUUCAAAAUAUUCCGCAUGCUGAAAAAAAAUUAUCAGGUCUUCUCCAAGAUAUCACAAUAAAACAACCUGAAUAUAAUCUUUGGAAUGCAAAAAAAUAUUUUAAUCAACUCGAACGAUUUAUUCGAUCAGUUCAAUCAUACAACUAUGAUCGAAAUUUUCCAUCCAAUUGGCCUGCAUCAUUGGCCGAACAUCAACUUAUAGUGGAAUCCGAUUCCGGACCAUUGAUGUUAUCGCCCACUGGUGAUUUCAUCGUGCCAGCUUCCUGUCCUAUUUCUUUGUUGAUCAAAUUUAUCAUGGAAAACCUGCAUAAAGCCAAUCGAUUAAUUGACAAGGAAGAAUUUAAUCUGGAACAUGAACGUGUAAUUAGAAAAGAAUGUAUCGAAACAUUCCAGAUGAAACAUUUGGAUAAAGAUGUUAAUAUUACACCUGAACAAAUGAUUGAUUUUUGUCGCCGAAUAUUGAAUGAUAAACAAGAAUUUGAAGAUUAUCUAAAAAAUGCUCAUAUUCAGGUUUCUAUGUAUUACAGUGUCAUGCAUGAUGGACAAAUUUGUGUGCCAUUUAAUUUCAUUAAAUGAUCAUCAUCAUCAUCAUUGUUAAAUGUACAAAUAAAAAUCAUUUUUUCA